AUGACAGACCCUUACGGUUAUUUUUAUGAAAAUGAAAAGAAUUCACCAACAAAUAGUAAUUGGUAUACAAGUCCACCUCCAGUAUCUCCUCAAAAUGUUGGACAACCAGUAAAUGUUGGUGGUGGUGGGUGGGAAAAUCAAAAUGAGUCCUGGAGAGCUUCAACUACUCCAUCUCCACCCAAUGUCUAUCCUUACCCAGCCUAUCCAAAUCAAAACCAACAAAUUCCAAAUAUGUUUGUUCCUUCAAUGCCAACAGAACAAGCAUCUUUUAUUGAGGAUAAUUUUGAAAAUGAACCCCCAUUAUUGGAAGAGUUGGGAAUUAAUUUUGAACAUAUUAGACUGAAAACACUUGCUGUGUUGAAUCCGUUGGGGACGGCGAAGGAAGAGGUUAUUGAGGAUCAGGAUCUCGCCGGUCCUCUCGUUUUUUGUCUUUUAUUUGGCGCUUCUCUGCUUUUACAUGGAAAGUUACAUUUUGGACAUAUUUACGGAAUUGGAUUAGUUGGAUGUACAGGAAUGUAUGCCCUUUUAAAUUUAAUGGCACAAGAAGGAAAGUCUAUAACAUUUACAAAUACUGCAAGCGUUUUGGGUUAUUGUCUUCUGCCAAUGUCUUUGUUGUCUUUAAUUGCUGCUGUUCUUUCUUUACAGGGUUUAAUUGGUUAUAUAUUUGUUACAUUAGCUGUAUUAUGGAGUGGAUCAUCCUCUUCUAAAUUAUUUUCAAUUGCUCUAUCAAUGAAUGGUCAAAGAUUGUUAGUUGCCUAUCCUUGUGUUUUACUUUAUUCUGUUUUUGCUCUUCUUGCUAUAUUUUAG